AUGUGGAACAGACAUUUUGUCUUGUAUCUCCUGCUUUUGCCAGCUUUUAUGAGUCAAGCAAUAUAUGGACAAAGAAAGAAAGGAUCAAAGUCCAAUUUACUUGCAAGGAAAAGUCUCCGGGACCCCACUUGCUUCGUAGAUCUUGUCUUCAUCGUGGACAGCUCUGAAAUUUCUAAAAUUUUUCUCUUUGACAAACAGAAAGAUUUUGUAGAUAGCUUGAGUGACAAGAUUUUUCAAUUGACCCCGGUUGGCUCCUUGAAAUAUGACAUCAAACUGGCAGCCCUUCAGUUUAGCAGCUCUGUCCAAAUUGAUCCACCUUUUUCUUCUUGGAAGGAUCUACAGACUUUUAAACAGAGGGUCAAGUCUAUGAAUUUCAUUGGGCAAGGUACUUUCUCUUAUUAUGCCAUCGCCAAUGUCAUGAGGCUACUUAAGAGAGAAGGGUGCAAAGAUGGUGUGAAAGUGGCUUUGCUGAUGACUGAUGACAUUGACCAUCCAAAGAAUCCAGAUGUUCAAAGUAUUUCUGAAGACGCCAGAACUUCAGGAAUAUUAUUUAUCACCAUUGGACUCUCUACUCUAGUCAACGAAACCAAACUUCGUUUGAUAUCUGGGGAUCCACCCAGUGAACCCAUUCUACUGUUGAAUGAUUCAACCCUUGUAGAUAAAAUUCAGGAUCACCUGGGUAUCUUAUUUGAAAAGAAGUAUGAACGCAAGAUUUGUGAAUGUGAAAAGGGGGAUCCAGGUGACCCAGGGCCUCCUGGUACACAUGGAAACCCAGGUACCAAAGGUAAGUGAGGACCUAAAGGAAACCCGGGUGAUGCUCAAAAAGGGAAACCGGGAGAAAGAGGCCCAGGGGGAAUCCCUGGGUACAAGAGUGAGAAGGGUGAAUGUGGAGAAUGCGGUAAACCAGGAAUAAAAGGUGACAAAGGACUCCCAGUGCCAAAUGGACCAAAGGGACCCGGAGGACUUCAGGGCAUUACUGGACCUCCAGGGGACCCAGGCCCGAAGGGGUUUCAAGGCAAUAAGGGUGAACCUGGUCCCCCUGGUCCUCCAGAAGCCCCUGGUAUUGGACAGCCAGGUAUUAAGGGGGAAAGAGGCCAGGAAGGAAGAACUGGGCCUCCAGGACCGAUUGGUGUUGGUGAGCUGGGCCAGACAGGUCCCCGUGGGCCUGAGGGAGCACCAGGAGAGAGGGGCUUACCAGGAGGAGGACCUCCAGGACCAAAGGGUGAAAAAGGUUCUGAAGGACCAGUUGGCCCACAAGGAUUAGAAGGCCCAUCAAUCGAAGGGGACAAGUGGGAUAUGGGACCUAUGGGACCCCAAGGACCAAUGGGCAUCCCCGGAAUUGGGAGUCAAGGGGAAAAGGGAAUCCAAGGUCCUAUUGGUCCACCUGGUCGACAAGGGCCCCCAGGACAAGGCUCACCUGGUCCCAAGGGAGAAGUAGGCCAGAUAGGACCUACAGAUCCUAGAGGACCAGUGGGACUUGGAGUGCAAGGUCCAAAGGGCAAUGUAGGGAGUCUCGGGCUCCCAGGACAGCCAGGAGUACUGGGAGGAAAAGGAGCUACAGGGAAGAAGGGAGAAGCGGGGCUUCCAGAAGCAAGAGGCCCUGAAGGACCACCUGUGAAAGGACAACCUGGCCUCAAGGGUGAUGGAGGAAAGAAAGGGAGCAAAGGAAAUCAAGGACAGGGAUUUCCAGGGCCCGAAGGACCAAAGGGUGAUCCAGGGAUUAUGAGCCCUUUUGGGAUGCCUGGAACAUCAAUUCCUGGACCACCUGGGCCAAAGGGAGAUAGAGGAGGACCUGGGUUUCCUGGAUUUGAAGGAGAACCUGGAAUUGCUAUUCGAGCAGCAAAGGGUGCCCAAGGCCCUCGGGGACCAGUGGGUGCUCCAGGAUUCAAAGGUGACAGCUAUCCUGGUGUGGCUGGCCCUCGAGGAUUACCAGGACCCCCUGGACCAAGGGUUUUACAUAGAGCGGGAGACACUGGAGCAAAGGGAAAGCCUGGUGUCAGAGGCCCUCCAGGCCCCCCUGGGCCUUGGGGCAUAGGAACCCAAGAGCCAAAGGGUGAUACUGGGCAGAAAGGCUUGCCUGGCCCUCCUGGCCCCCCUGGCUAUGGAUUUUAAGGAAUCAAAGGGGAGCAAGGACCUCAAGGCUUCCCAGGGCCAAAGGGCAUGACAGGUCAUGGUCUCCUUGGCAGGAAGGGAGAGCAUGGAGAAUGGGGCGAUGUGGGAAAGAAAGAGGAUAAAGGGGAAAUUGGAGAUCCCGGACCCCAGGGAAAACAGGGGUUACAAGGUCCAAGAGGAGACCGAGGACUGACAAAAGAAGAAAUCAUCAAGCUUAUUUUUGAAAUAUGUGGUAAGAUUUGACGACCAAGAAAAAACCCGUUAACAUUCAUGUUUCAGGUUGUGGGCUCAGAAAGUGUGGGACCGGAGAACUUCCUGAUUAUCAAAGACUUUGUGAAGACUCUGACUGACAGAGUUGCGCCGGACCUUGCCACGGCCCGCGUAGGCGUAACCAACUAUGGCCAUAAAGUAGAGGAGGUGGAUCAUUUGACGCAGUUCUCCAGCAAGGACGACCUCAAGCGGGCCGUGGACAACACGCAGUAUCUGGGAGAAGGCACCUACACAGCCACAGCUCCCCAUGCCGCCAACCGCAUGUUCGAAGCCGCAAGGCUGGGUGCGAAGAAGGUGGCCUUGGUCAUCACUGAUGAGCAGACAGAUAUGCGAGAUGAAAAGAAUCUGACACAGGUGGUGAAGGAUGCCAGUGACAUCGAUGUGGAAAUAUCUGUGAUUGGGGUGGUGAAGAGACAUGACCCCAACUUCGAGAUGUUCCACAAAGAAAUGAAUCUAAUUGCUACCGACCCAGACAGUGAGCACGUUAACCUAUUUGAUGACUUUGUUACCCUUCAAGAUACCCUUAAGCAAAAAUUGUUUAAAAAAAGUUGUGAGGAUUUUGAAUCCUACCUUCAUAUUCUGGGUUCACCACUGCUUCAACCUGGAUUUGGGAUAUCGGGGGAAGAACUCACUGAAUCUGCUCCAGAACCCCGGAAAGAAAUUUCUGAAUCAGUCAGUGUCUCUGGAGCCCAGGACAAAGAGAAUGAGCUUUCAGAGCCCACCUGGGCUGCCAGUCUUGCUGCCACUCCAUCAUCUGAGGCUGCCACCACCCAGGGGCCAUUGCUCAGGUCCCCUGAGGAUCAGGCAGAGGAUCCUAGAUGUUUGGAACCCCUACAGUCAGGAAACUGUACCGAAUAUGUGGUUCGAUGGUAUUACGACAAACAGGUCAACUCCUGUGCUUGCUUUUGGUUCAGUGGCUGUAAAGGCGCAGGAAAUAGAUUCAACAGUGAAAAGGAAUGUGAAGAAAUCUGCAUUCAAGGAUGA